AUGGAUUUUACUGGAAAAGGAAAGACCACGGCAGGAAAAGGCCUGACUGGCUACCCUCUGGCCAAGAGGCUUUCCCUGGCAAGUCCCUCUAUGCUCCUUCCUUCCAAGCCGUUGCCUCCCAUUCAGAAGAGCUCUCCUUCUACCAAGACCAGCCAGAUAUUCAGCGGAGAGCAGGAGAAUGGGAAAAAUGGCAACAGCUAUGAUGAGAAAAGUAGAAAAAUACAGGAGCUGAGUUCAGAGGGAACAGGAUAUAAGACAUCCUUGCUGUAUUCCAGUGGGGAGGAUAUGGAGAAGGGGUCAUUGGGACCACCUUUGAUCCCCCCCAUACGCAAGGCAGUAAGUCCCCCUCUUGGCAGUGCUGCGGGGUCUCUGCAAAGCUCUCUGCAGCUGGAAUUCCAGGAGUCCCAGGAGACGAGCCCAACAUGCAGCAGCAGAAGCAAGGAGGAGAAGUGUGAACAUGCAGGCGUGACUAGUUCCUUUUUUUCCAAGUCUUUCCGGCGGUAUCCCUCUUCACUCCUUCCCUCCAAGCCAUUGCCUCCCAUCUCGAAGAUCUCUCCUUCUUCUAACACUAAUAAAAUGUCUGUUGUGGAGAAAGAGAAUAAGGAAACUGGCACUGGCUAUGAUGACGACUGUAGAAAAAUCCAGGAGCAGAGUUCAGAAGGAAAAAGUUAUAAGGUAAGGAGACCAAACUGUGUUCUGUGUGGUAAAUUUUCAGUUUAUGCACUGAAGGCAGAGCUUGGAGACCUUUUCCUGUGGUGUGAGCCCAGGGAAGCAGUUGAGCCAAAGGAGAGCUCAGCUGGACACUGCGCUCCAGGCUGUCUCUGCAAUGGGUGUACAUCCUUGCUGUAUUCCAGUGGGGAGGAUAUGAAGAAGGGGUCAUUGGGACCACCUUUGAUCCCCCCCAUACGCAAGGCAGUAAGUCCCCCUCUUGGCAGUGCUGCGGGGUCUCUGCAAAGCUCUCUGCAGCUGGAAUUCCAGGAGUCCCAGGAGACGAGCCCAACAUGCAGCAGCAGAAGCAAGGAGGAGAAGUGUGAACAUGCAGCUUCUUCUGAGUCUACAAGAAAAGCCCAGAGGAAGAAGGGAAAGAGCUCUUGCUGUAAGCUAGGACCUGGGAUGCCUCUGCUCCCAAGGAAACUCGCUGACCUGUUUGGCUUGGAGAGUCGUGUGCCCAACCUCGGCCUUGGCAAUGGAGGUCUCGGCCCCCGGCCGGCUCAGGGGGCCUUGGCCCAGGAGCCUCAGCAGAGGCCACCGAGCAGCGCUGGCCCCAGGGUCACUGCCGGGGAGGACAAGGGGAAGGCUGAGCAUGGCUCAGCCUCACACAGAGGCCUCCCACUGAGCCGGGCCAAGGAGAUGGAUCACCCCAGCAGUCCUGGUCUUACGAGUGACAAAGACCUGAGGGACGGCUUUAGAAAGAUCCGUGCUGCAUUGUACAUGUUGGCUCAGAAGAACUUAGAGCAGAAGGACAUAGAGCUUUUGGAGAGAGAGAUGAAGAAAAGGAGACAAAAGAUAACAUCCUUGCAGCUUCUUCCUGAGACAGUUGAGCCCGGGGAUGCAGCUGAAACAAGCUUUAGCCUCCCACCUGCUGAUGGCACAGCUUCUAGAGUGCAGAGAAACCACCCUGGUAGUAGCUUGAAGAAGGUCUUGAGGAUGCAGGACAAUGUGCCCUUACUGCCCAACAUGCCCAUCAUCCAUGCCGUUGGCAGCUUCCCACACAACUCCUCAGGCAGUCCUUCUGUACAAUGCUAA